UCUUUAUUCAGUCGAUGUUCUUGGGUUCACUAUGUAAGCAAUCUUUCUUACAGGUAGUAGGACUGCUGAUCUCUGCAAGUGUUUCCAAUUUCGCCGUCAUUCCGAUCGUCGGCAUGGGUGGGCUGGGGAAGACCACUCUGGCUCAGCUAGUCUACAACGAUCCGAGAGUGCGCCCACAUUUUAAUCGAAGGGCCUGGGUGUCGGUAUCCGAGAAUGUCGACAUUCUGCGGGUGACAAAAGCAAUCAUCGAGUCUAUGACUAACCAACCUUGUGCUCUUACCGAACUCAGUGCGCUGCAGGAAGCACUCAGAAAGGAAACUGAAGAGAAGUGCGUGUUACUUGUGCUGGACGACAUGUGGAAUGCGAAUCGAAAUCUGUGGGAAUGUUUCCGAGUUCCCCUCAUCGGCGCAGAAUAUGUGAGAAUUUUGAUCACCAGCAGAAACAGUUCAGUUACUAAGAACAUUCAGACUAUGCCGCCGUACCAUCUCGACUACCUGCCCAAAGACAAGUCCAUUAGGUUGUUCCAGCAGCAUGCUUUUGGCAGACACGACCCGAACGCGCAUCCGAACUUGCUUGAGAUCGGCCGCAAGAUUGUCAAGAAGUGCGGUGGAUUGCCUCUAGUCCUGAAGACAUUAGGAGGCCUUCUUCGGUACGAAGUUGAUGAAGAAAAAUGGAUAGAUACACUCGAAAGCGACUUGUGGGAGUUGGAUGAGGGAAGAAGCAGCAUCCUGCCAGCUCUGAAAUUGAGCUACAGCCACUUGCCAAAACAUCUUAAGCCGUGCUUCUUGUACUUUUCCGCGUUCCCUAAAGGCCACGAGUUCCAGAAAGACACGAUCGUUCGAAUGUGGAUCGCACACAAUUACAUCCACCCAAAGGCGAACAAGAGUUUGGAAGAAAUAGGCGGAGAGUAUUUCGACGAGCUGCAAGGGAGAUUUUUGUUAGAUUCCUUCCGCAAGUACGGCAGAGACACGUACAGAGUGCAUGACAUGCUCCACGAUCUUGCAAAAUCAGUUUCCGGGAAUGAGAUGCUCUUCUACAUCUCGAACAUAGUUCAGCAUCUAUACGGCAGCGAGAAUCAAAUGUCACUCAAUUUUCUCUCCGCUGAGAACCCCCCUAGAGCCGUGCGCUCGCUACUAAACUAUAGCUUAGACACUGAUCUGACUGAUUCUCAAAUUAUAUUUUCAAAGUUGGCGUACUUACGGGUGCUUGAAUUGAAUCUGCAUGCAUUGAGCGAGUUACCAGAUUCAAUUGGCGGCCUAAAACACUUGCGCUACCUUUCUGUCAUCGGGCGUAAACUGCAGAAGCUACCUGAAUUAGUAUGCCUUCUUUACAACUUGCAAACGCUCGAUCUGCAGCAUUGUUCUUCUCUGGUGGAAUUACCUGAAGCAAUCGGGAACCUUAUCAACCUCCGGUACAUUCGACUUCACAGCACGAAAAUUGAGAAGUUGCCCGAAACAGUAUUUCUGCUUUCCAGCUUGCGGUUUCUUGAUCUGAACUCUUGUUACAGACUUAAAGAACUGCCCGGCUGCAUAAAACAGCUUACCAGCCUGUGCUCUCUUGACAUCUCUCACACUAAGAUUCGCCCCAUACCACAUGGGCUUGGAAUGUUGACUAAUCUCCGAAAAUUGGAGGCGUCUCUCAAAGGUAAAAGCGAUGAUAGACACGGAGGAUUGGGUGAGUUGAAGAACUUGGUGAAACUCGGAGGAACAUUAUGCAUCUCAGGGCUUGAAAAUGUGGUUGAUCUAGAGCACGUAAAGAGGAUCAAUCUUGAAAGCAAAAGAAAUUUGAGGAACUUGAAAUUGAAGUGGACAAGGCCUGUUACUGAGCAUCAAGAAGUUGACAAGAAUGGGAAUGAUAAAGAGGAAGGGCAACUUCAUUUGGAAGUGAGUUCGAACGACUUCGAAGAAGCGAAUAACAGCAACAUAGAAGAAGUACUCGAUAAGCUCCGGCCUCAUAGAAACAUUUCCAAAUUGACUAUAGAUGGAUACACUGGUACUAAAUUCCCUUGCUGGAUGGGCGAUCCUUUUGCGCUGUCACAGCUCACCACCCUCUUCCUAACUCAUUGCUACAGCAGAGAGACCAAUUUCCUUCCACCGUUGGGUCGGCUUCCGUCUCUUACAUCUCUCUCUGUGACUGGCGUAGGUGUAGAGAAACUCGGUGAUGAGUUUUGCGGAAAUAGCGUUGCAUUUCCAUCGCUCGAGAAGCUCGAAUUCAAACAUAUGCCGAAGUGGGAGGAGUGGGUUGGAGUGCUUAGCGGAGACUUCCCUCGACUUAAGCAGCUCUCGAUAAAGUACUGCCCAAAGCUAUGGAAACUCCUGUCGUUCCCCGCCCUUUGUUCUUUCUAUAUCUACGAAUGCGAGAGCCUGAAGUCUCUUUCUUUGUGUCAAGAGCAAGGAAGCCAUCCUGCUCUUCAGAUAUUGAGUAUCAAGGGUUGUCAGCAGCUAACAUCAUUGCUGGGGCUGGACAAUCUCCGCAAGAUCGAGAAACUGGAGAUAAGUGAUUGCGGGAUUCAUGAGCUUGAGCUGUCCCUGCACUCUAAGCUCCAAUAUGUGCACAUCGCUCGCUGCUGGAGGCUCGCUUCAGUAAGCGGCCUGCACACGCUCACUUCCGUCACGAGCUUGCGUUUAGCGUGCUGUCCUCAGCUCCAUCUGUCGUGUGACGAAAAGCUCUGCUCCGUGCCUACUCCCGUGGAAGUUGUUGAUUGUCCCAGGCUCGUAAAAUGGUGUCACAAAAAUAAAUGCGACUACGUUCAGAAAAUAUCCGCACUCCGAGGACUAACUCUGUCCGACGACAAAGAGAUGCCGUCUGCCCUCGCGGCCCACAACCUCCCCUCCGUCGAAUAUCUAUGCAUAAAGAACUCCGAGCAGUCGCCGUCCGCAUCUCAAUCCUACCAAUUCUACCGCGGGUUCAUUGGUUUCUUCCCUAACGAUCCGAACGUCCCGAUGCUGGAGAGGCUGGAACUGUCAAAUUGCAGAGAAGUUGUUUCGAUCGCCGGGCUCAACAGUCUCAAUUCGCUGCAGCACUUGCUCAUACAGGAUUGCCCGGAGCUGCUUUCCUUGCCAGAUGAGUGGCUUCCUUCUGCGCUCGACUCUUUCGUGGUCAGAAGCUGCGACAAGCUAACUUCUCUGCCGCCGCUGAGCGGAAACCUGCAGGCUUUCCAGGAACUGCAGAUUGUGAACUGUCCAAAGCUCACUAGGGUGACCGGGCUGCAGAACAUUCGAUCGCUGAGCAUCUUGAUCGCACUCCGGUGUCAGCAGUUGCGCAUUUCGCCUGACGAAAGGCUCGGAUCCGUUCCGCAGAAUGUACUAAUCAAGGAUUGCCCGAUGAUGAUGGAGUGGUGCCUAAGAUAUUCAAUCCCCUAUGCCAGGUGAGUGGACUACGCUGUGAAGAUUCAUGAUGGCCGCGGCGCAAAACCCAGCAAGACGGAAGUAAGCAAUUAGG